AUGGAUGCAGCAGGCCUGCCACUGCUGCUGCCCGCUCCGACACUGGCAGCGCUGGCGAGCAGCUGGCUGCAGGAAGACUGCCCGGGCCUCCACCUCUCAGCCCUGGUCUCGGGGGCAUCACCUGCACAGGCAGCACUCUGGGCCAAGUCCCCUGGUGUCCUGGCUGGGCAGCCAUUCUUUGAGGCCGUCUUCACCCAGCUCGGCUGCCAGGUCUCCUGGUCCCUGCCUGAGGGGUCGGAGCUGGUGCCUGUGACCAAGGUGGCUGAGGUCCAGGGCCCUGCACACUGCCUGCUGCUGGGAGAACGGGUGGCCCUCAACGUGUUGGCCCGCUGCAGCGGCAUUGCCAGUGCAGCCACCACUGCGGUGCGAGUCGCCAGGGCCACCGGCUGGACAGGCCAUGUGGCUGGCACGAGGAAGACAACAUCGGGCUUCCGGAUGGUGGAGAAAUACGGGCUGCUGGUGGGCGGGGCGGCCUCCCACCGCUACGACCUGGGAGGGCUGGUGAUGGUGAAGGACAACCACAUCGUGGCGGCCGGGGACGUGCAGAAGGCAGUGCGGGGGGCACGGGGGGUGGCAGACUUUGCCCUGAAGGUCGAGGUGGAGUGCAGCAGCCUGCAGGAGGCCUUGGAUGCCGCCCGGGCUGGAGCCGACCUGGUGCUGCUGGAUAACUUCCAGCCAGAGGAGCUUCAUCUCACGGCCGCGGCACUGAAGGCCCAAUUCCCAAACAUGGCCGUGGAAGCCAGCGGCGGCGUCACACUGGGCAACCUGCAUCAGUUCUGUGGGCCCCAUGUGGAUGUCAUCUCCCUGGGGAUGCUCACCCAGGCGGCCCCAGCCCUGGACUUCUCCCUCAAGCUGUUUGCUGAGGGGACUGCUCCUGUGCCCCAUGCCCGCCGGUCCUGA